AUGGAUCUUAAAAGUUUCAGACCCCACUCCCACGUUAACUUCGUUGACCCCAGUGAUUUGUUAGUUGAACAAGAAGACUCUCAAAGUGGCCAAGGACCACAAUUUGAAAGCCAAGUCUUGAACGAAAAAGACUUGGAGCCUAUCUUGUACUCUUUCAGCUAUGAUGGAUAUGAUCUUGAUCACGAAAACCUCAACAACUCAGACCAAAAAGUCACUCAAAAUGACUUCAGAAUCAGUACUGGCAUGUAUUUUGAUGUUGACAAGAACUUAGAUGAUGACUGUGAAGAAAAAAAGAGAAAGAAGUUCUGGUUCUUGCCCUUCAGUGUCGACCUGAGCCUUAUGGUUGACUCAAACUUGGUUGCCUCGAACACUGGAAAUUCUGGUGGGUUGUUUAACUACAUCCCUAUCACAGGAGAGACUCCUGGCGAAAUUGUCUACAGCCAAAGCUUGGAGCCUCAGUCUACAGAAGAAACUGACGAUGCUUCCACUGCAGCUGCCAUUACAUCGCAAGAAGAAUUUUUCAGGCAGUACGGUGACGACUGUGACCAACUCCAUGACAGCUCUGGUUCUAGUUUAUGGGCCGCUACUGUGGUGUUGUUAGCCAUUUCUAGCUUAGUUUCAUACUUCUUUAGUGUUUAG